ACCUCUAGGCCAUGUAAGACCUGCUAAUUUGUUUUUGUUCCGCUUCCUUCCCUCUCUCUCCGGUCCUCCAUUGCGAUGUGCGCCCUUCGCGCUACAUGCUCAUCUCUAGAUCUAGGUCGCUGUCAAAUACACGCGUUGGAACUAUAAGUCGCUCCUGCCGAAAUGAAGGCGCGGUACCCUGCGCAAAAUACAGGAUAGGGUUUGUAGCGCUUUUUCCGAGAGUCCGCCCCCUUGCUAUUAUUAGCGGUGUCAUGGGCAAGUGGCACCUCUUCGACGGCACGCUCAAGAAGUGCUACGCGAGAGGUCAGGAACAGCGCCGCGAGCUCAAGAUAUACACUCAGCACUUUAACACCAAAACGGUGACCUCAUGGUGGAGGUCAUCGUUUAAAUGCCUGAAUGAAACCAUCGCACAGUCCUCCUACGCCGAGAGGCGGAAGGCCCGGAUCGACGAGCUGAGGACCCUGGAGCAGAUGCUGAGGGGGGAUGGUAUGACGGCGGAUGCGGAGGAAGUGAAACGCCAGAAAUACCACCUGCUCCUUAAUCCGGAUGCGCCGCUUGGCGGUGGUGGGGCUGCCGGCGCCGUCGGUGGUGCCGGAAUGGCUUUUUCCGGAGGCGUGGGCGUGGGCAUGGCGCUUGGCGGAGGAGGCGGUGCCGGUGUGCCCACCGCUGGGAACACGGGGGCGGGCGUCACGCUUGGCGGUGGAGGCGCUGCCGGGAGCGUCGGCGGUGGAGGAACGCCCAUCUCUGGGAAGACGACGCCGGGCGUCGGGGCGGGCGUCAUGCACGGCGGUGAAAGCGCUGCCGGAAGCGUCGGCGGGGACAUAUCCGCGGGCGAUAUGAUUUCCAUCGAGGGAGAUAAGAGCGACGCUGACGAUCUCGACGACGACGACGACAUAGACAUGGUAGGCGGUGAUGAUGACGGUGGUGGCGGGAGUGUGGCUGCCUUCGAAGGAGCUCGCGGCGGCGUCGGCGGUGGCGGUCAGGGAGGGGGCUCCGGCAAAGGACACGCGCCGCAAACGCCGCGGUGCGAGGAACAUGGAGUCGAGUGCGCGGUCUACGUUUCUGAUAGUGUGAGUCUCGAGAUCGCGUCUCAGGGCGCUAAGACGUGGAUCUGCGGCUUGCCCAGCAUAGUCGACCAGUGCGACCACUUUGGCCUGGUGGAGGACGCCCCGUCUCCAGCCGUACCCGCUGCCGCCAAUGACGAAGACAUCAUCUUGGUAAACGGGAGUGGUGGCCGCGCCGACGAGCGGAACGAGGGAGCAUCUGCCGGUGCGAGCUCCUCGAAUACCGCCGGUGCCUCUGCUACUGCCGCCAUCGACGUUGACGGGGCUGCCUCCGGCGGCGUUGCGGGGGGACAGGACGCAUCGACGGGUGCGGGUGUUGUUCCCGCCGCCGGUGUCUCGUCCACUGCCGCUCAGGGUGUCGGCGGGGUUGUUUCCGUGGGCGGUGCUGCCGGCGGCGUUGCGCUAGGACAGGGAGCCUGGGCCGGUUUCAAUGUGACUCCCGCCACCAGUGCCUCGUCCACUGCCGCUCAGGCUGCCGGCGGGGUUGUUUCCGUGGGCAGUGCUGCCGGAGGCGUUGCGGGGGCACAGGGAGCCUUGCCCGGUGCGGGUGUGGCUCCGGCCGCCGGCGUCUCAACUACUGCCCCUCAGGCUGCCGGCGGGGUUGUUGCUGUGGGUGGUGCUGCCGGCGGCGUUGCGGGGGGGCAGGGAGCCUCGCCCGGUGCGUGUGUGGCUCCCGCCGUCAUUGCUACAGCGGCUGACACGGCAGCCGCUCAACGAGCCCUGGGCGUCGACCAUGCUGGGCAAGUGACCGGUGCAGCUGCGGCGUACAUGGCCGCUCAACGCGCCGCCCUUAGUGGUGGACUAUAUCGGUCAUGAGCUCCGUCGACACGAGCAGUAGUGGUCUGUAGGGUUAGGCCGGAUGGUAUCAUCUUUUGGGUGGAACUUCACCGCUGAAAACGAACAGGCGGUUUUCCUGUGAUCGGGCGUUUGGGGUGCGGGCAGGAACGAUAUUGAAAGUGCGUCGUCCGUCGCGGAGGUUUUUCCCGGCGUCUGCAUACAAUAGGUGUCGGUCCUUUUUACUCCGUCGUUUUGUUUUCUUACGUGUCUUCUCUUUUGAUGUUGCCUGGAUGAAGGCGGUUUGAUGUAACCUAUCGUCGUUGUCUCGGGGUCAACACCAUGUAGUGGAGUCGUUGUUUCGGACACCAUGACUGAUUCGGACAUUUCAAACAAACGAAAAAAUCCACACCCUGUA